CGAGCGGGCGGGCGAGUGCGCCGGGUAUUGGCAGCGGAGGAGUGGAGGCUGGGCGGCUCCGACUCCCUGACGCCAGCGCGACCAGAUCAAUCCAGGCUCCAGGAGCGAGCGGGCAGGAGGAGGAAGCAGAGGCCGAGCGGCUCAGCCUGGCCGAGGCGUGGGGAAGGACUCUACGAUCGCAGCGAGGCGCAGCGCCCGGCUGCCCCGACUGGGGCCGCAGGACCCCACUCUCCAGGCCACUCGUGCGCCCCGUGGACCCGCUUGCUGCCAACCCGGUGCUAACUUCGGGUCACCUUUUGAAAUACAAGGAAUGGUCAUUUCUGCCUUGCAGCAUCUCGAGACUAGAGCUAGAGAGAAUCCUCUGUAAACAAAGGGAAGGCUCUGCGGUCGUCCCGUUGCAUUUGGAGACGCCUUCCUUUUGCCAUCUGCCAGCAAGAAGGAGUGUGUGUGUGUGUGACCCGCGCCAGCACCAUGAACGUGACAAGUCUAUUCUCCUUCACCAGUCCAGCCGUGAAGAGACUCCUUGGGUGGAAACAGGGCGACGAGGAAGAGAAGUGGGCCGAGAAGGCGGUCGACGCUCUGGUGAAGAAGCUGAAGAAGAAGAAAGGGGCCAUGGAGGAGCUGGAGAAGGCCUUGAGCUGCCCGGGGCAGCCCAGCAACUGUGUGACCAUUCCCCGCUCCCUGGACGGCCGGCUGCAGGUGUCCCACCGGAAGGGACUGCCGCAUGUCAUUUACUGCCGCGUGUGGCGCUGGCCCGACCUUCAGAGCCACCACGAACUGAAGCCCCUGGAGUGCUGCGAGUUUCCCUUCGGCUCCAAGCAGAAGGAGGUGUGCAUCAACCCCUACCACUACAAGAGGGUAGAAAGCCCCGUUCUUCCUCCAGUGCUGGUUCCAAGGCACAGUGAAUAUAACCCUCAGCACAGCCUCUUAGCUCAGUUCCGCAACUUGGGGCAAAACGAGCCUCACAUGCCGCUCAACGCCACCUUCCCGGACUCCUUCCAGCAGCCCAACAGCCACCCGUUCCCGCACUCCCCCAGCAGCAGCUACCCCAACUCGCCCGGGAGCAGCAGCAGCACCUACCCGCACUCUCCGAGCAGCUCCGACCCAGGGAGCCCUUUUCAGAUGCCAGCUGAUACACCCCCGCCUGCCUACCUGCCUCCUGAAGACGCGCUGACCCAGGACGGCUCGCAGCCGAUGGACACGAGCAUGAUGGCGCCUGCGCUGCCCUCGGAGAUCAGCAGAGGAGAUGUCCAGGCGGUUGCUUACGAGGAGCCAAAACACUGGUGCUCCAUUGUCUACUAUGAGCUCAAUAACCGCGUGGGCGAAGCGUUCCACGCCUCCUCCACGAGCGUGCUGGUGGACGGCUUCACCGACCCUUCCAACAACAAGAACCGUUUCUGCCUUGGGCUGCUCUCCAAUGUCAAUCGGAAUUCCACUAUCGAAAACACUAGGAGGCAUAUUGGAAAAGGAGUGCACCUGUACUACGUCGGAGGGGAGGUGUACGCCGAAUGCCUCAGCGACAGCAGCAUCUUCGUGCAAAGUCGGAACUGCAACUACCAUCACGGCUUUCACCCCACUACCGUCUGCAAGAUCCCGAGCGGGUGCAGUCUGAAAAUCUUUAAUAACCAGGAGUUUGCCCAGUUACUGGCUCAGUCUGUGAACCACGGCUUCGAGACCGUCUAUGAGCUCACAAAGAUGUGCACUAUACGCAUGAGCUUUGUGAAGGGUUGGGGAGCCGAGUACCACCGCCAGGAUGUUACUAGCACCCCCUGCUGGAUCGAGAUCCAUCUGCACGGCCCCCUCCAGUGGCUGGAUAAAGUUCUCACUCAGAUGGGAUCGCCCCAUAAUCCUAUUUCCUCUGUGUCUUAAGCGGCCUCAGGCUUCUGCCUCCUGAAAACUAUUGAGCCUUUGCAUGUACUUGAAGGAUGGAUGAGUCAGACACGAUUGGGAGCUGACAAAGGAGCCUCGAUAAUACUUGACUUCUGUGACCAACUGUUGGAUUCAGAGAUUUAAAAAAAAAAAACAACAAAAAAAAACCCUUGGUAACAUACUGUUGAUAUCAAGAAUCUGUUUAGUUUACAUUGUAACAUUCUGUUGUAAAAAAUCACCUAAAAAAUGCAUAUGUUUAGCAGGACUUUGUGUAUAGUUAAAGAGAGAUGGCCAGGCCAGGGGCAAAUUAUCUAUUGGAAAUCCGGUCCUAGGAGAUUCUUCUGUGUUUGGCACUUUAAGGUCAUCGUUUGGCAGAAGUUUAGCAUUAACAGUCUUUCUGAAGUGUGUUCUUAUCAGGUUUAGAUCCCAUGUGGUGUCUUCUUUAAUGGGUUUUCAUAAUAUUUUUAAACUAUUUGUUUAGUAAUGGUUUUUGUUUGUUUUUUUUUUAAGUAAAGGUUAAUCUUGAUGAUAUACAUAGUAAUCUUUCUAAAAUCGUAUGCUGACCAUACUGCUGUCAGAAUAAUGUUAGGCAUAUGCUCUUUGCUAAAUAUAUAUGUACAGAAUAUUUGGAGGUAAAGAAUUGAUUAGACUAGUGGAUUUAGGAGUAUUGGAGGGGGUGGGGGCCAGGGAAAUGACAACUACAGAUGUAGAAUAUACUGUAAAAAUUCAGUUUGUUGCUUCAAAGUUUGAAAACAAACUGAUGUCUGAAUUUUGCUGUGUUUCCAUUUUUUUUAGAGAUUUUUAUCCUACUUGUUUUUUGUUUUUUUUUGGCAUCUUCUGUUUCAUUCGCUCCCAAAAGCAGUUAUGCAGCUGGUUAGUUCAUAUAACUGUGAGAGCAAAUGGGUAAUUCCUGCUUUUCUGAAGUUGACUGCAAAAACCUUUCAAUACUGAUUGUAUGGAGUGCGUGAAUUUAAUAAGCAUUUUUUAUGGAGUUUACAGCACAGAUAUAGGCUUUAAUUUUCAAGGGAAUUGUUUGCCAAACUUAGUAACUCUGUUAAAUAUUUGGAGGAUUUAAAGAACAUCCCUGCUGAAAUCCAUUUCAGACUUUUAAAAUUUUUUGUACUAUGUUUGGUUUUAUUUUUCUUCUGCUAAUCUUUUAUAUUCACUUAUGCUCUUGUACACUGAGUACUUUUAUUCCAAAACUAGUGGGUUUUCUCUACUGGAAAUUUUAAAUAAACCUCUCAUUAUUGCUUA